AUGCCGUGGCUUAAACGCCUCAAUCCGAUGAUUAAUUGGGAAACCGGUGACUUCUGGUUUGGCAAGGAUGCCAAAUGGCCACCGAAACCCACCGUCGAAGACGUACCAGAUGAAGAAGUUUCAAUUUUCAAGGAAGAUAACCUCCCGGAGUUAAUCACCACUGAAACUUCUCCGACCUCAUUUGGACAUUCAGAAUUUAUCAGAGAAAUCAUGGCCGAUGACACUGAGCAUGGCGAGUUACCUGCAGUGCGGAAUGAUACCGAACCAGACGACCCACCAUUAGAACCCUCUAUGGAUCAAUUUGAUGAUGACGAUCUAGUUAUCUCCUGA